AUGACACCACGAACUGAAGAACAAAUUCGAAGGCUGAAAUGUCAAAAAUAUGCAUUUGCGCUUCUGGCUAAUGAUUUACCUAUACCGAAUCACGUAUUUAUAGGAAUGAUGUCUUCUGCUCAAGUAGAAAAAUUUUUGGCAGCGCAAUCUCUGAAAGCUUCGUUGAAUUUUCCCAUGAAAAUAUUAGUGGAGGAUUCACAACAACCCGUUUGUAUACCUUAUAUUCCUACACCAGGACAGGUUGCUGAAAUGCAAAAGUCUAUUUUUGAUCAUGAUCAAGAAAUACGUAAUAGAAUUAAUAAACGAAUAGAAGAUCUUGAAAAGUUGCCUUCAAACUUGGCUAAUGAUCCUUUUAAAAUCGGUCAUGUUGAUGAUGCAAAUAAUAUUACUUUACGACAAGAAGUAUUGCAAUACUCAAAUUACCGAAAACCUGAGCCUAUCCGGUCAACGGCUGCAUACAGACGGAAGGUGGUGGUACCUGUGCGUGACUGGCCUACAACAGAAAGGGCUGAGAGGGAACGAGUUCAAGCACGUUUGCGUCGUGUGAGAGAAUCUAGACUAGAGUACAUCAAUGCUAUUUGUCUACAUGGUCAAGAAAUUAGAUACGCGCAUGAUAUGAAAUAUGAGAAGCGCAUUAGGAUGGGACGCGCAAUAUUAAACUUUCACUCAAAUAUUCAAAAACAAGCGCUAAAAGAGAAAGAACGAGUUUCUAAAGAACGUAUUAAUGCGCUUAAGAACAAUGAUGAAGAGGCGUAUUUGAAACUUAUUGAUCAAGAGAAAGAUACUCGUAUCACACAUCUAUUACGUCAAACUGAUACAUAUUUGGAAUCUUUAACGCAAGCUGUCGUUGAUCAGCAAAAUCAUCAUCGUCGUUUGAAUAAAGGUAAAGGUAAAUUAGUAGAUUCAACUGAUCAUACGGUAACGGCUAGUAUCACAGCUACUGAAGAUGAGGAUAAUAUAAUUGAAACAACGGAUGGUAAAAAGAUUGAUUAUUAUGUUGUUGCACAUCGAGUUCAAGAGAAAGUUGAACAGCCGUCUAUUCUCAUCGGUGGCUUGUUAAAAGAUUACCAGAUAAAAGGUCUCCAGUGGAUGGUGUCGUUGUACAACAAUCAUUUGAAUGGCAUUUUGGCUGAUGAAAUGGGUCUGGGAAAAACUAUUCAAACUAUUUCGUUAAUCACUACUAUGACUAAUUGGCAAAUGGAAUUCGAAAAAUGGGCACCUAUGGUCUCGGAAAGACUGUGUAUAUAUAAAGGCACACCGGCUGAGCGAAAGGCCUUACAAAGAAAAUAUUUACGUUGCCUGGAUUUUUAUGUCUUUUUAACGACCUAUGAAUAUAUUAUCAAAGAUAAAACAGUCUUAAGUAAACCGCGGUGGCUUUAUUGCAUCAUAGAUGAAGGCCAUCGUAUGAAGAAUGUCAAUUCAAGACUUUCUUUAGUUUUAAGUAAAGAAUAUAAUUUCAGAUAUCGACUUAUUCUUACAGGAACUCCAUUACAGAACAACUUGCCUGAACUUUGGUCCUUAUUGAACUUUGUCUUACCUAAAAUAUUCAAUUCCGUUAGUAGCUUUGAAGAAUGGUUUAAUACACCAUUUGCGAAUGCUGGUGGUCAAGACAAAAUUGCUUUGAAUGAGGAAGAGUCUCUACUCGUUAUUCGGCGACUACAUAAGGUGUUAAGACCUUUUCUCCUUCGUCGAUUGAAAAAGGAUGUUGAAUCUGAAUUGCCAGAUAAAGUUGAACGUGUUAUCAAAGUUAAAUUAUCAGCCUUGCAGAUAAAGCUCUAUCAUCAAAUGCAAAAGCAUG